AUGCUCCGCAACCGUCCAUCAAGAGUUCCUCUUGGUAUGGCUGAUGUCAAUCAGAUGCAACAACGCCCCAGGCUCAAACAGGCCUCGCACCCUCUAGUUGCACAAACUGACCGGGCUGGUGUCCAUGACCAACAACAAAACAUCCGCAUUGCGCCACAGCCCCACUACAACCUCCGUGAAGGCCCUCAAAGAUCCAGAGAUGCGAGCGUCAUUCGGCUUGAUCCAAAUCGCCAUGUUCCGCAGUUUGCCGUCUACGAAUCAAAUGACUCUGCCGAAGAUAGUGACUCUGAUGAGACUGCCUCUGCCACCUUCGAGUCCGUUGCUCGUCUUGUACAUAUAGCAGAGGUCAGCCCCACCAUCACUCAAGUCUCUGGCUACGGUCCCCCUGCCCUCGUGCAUCUUCCUUCCGAGAGACCGCGAAUACAUGACAGUCAUCAUUCUGGACUCAUCAACGGUCAGCAUCAGCAUCUGAGCACUUCUCUUGCACCUAUUAGAUAUCGCUACAACGGCCAUUCGGCAUCAGGUCCUGUGACACGCUCUGGCUAUUCAUAUCAGCUUUCUCGCCAAGCUACCAACCACUCAUACUACCGGAACAGCGAUCCGAGGAUAGCGAAUCUCUCUCAAAGAGGCCAGAAUCCUAACGCUGUUUCGUUCUCUCCCCGUGUCCAUUUUGAAUCCGCUCUUCAAGAACUUUCUCCCCACCACAGGUCCAACGUGGCCUUGGUCAACCGACGAGGAGGAACACUCAGAGCCAGACCGUCUUCGUCUCGUAUCUCUCACAUCAGUCGUGGUGAGAUGAACUACCAAACAAGACCUAGGCCUAUGCCGCGCCCUAGAGGGUCUCUGAUGCCUAGAAGACCAUCAGCCCGAGGCGCUCGCCAUACUGGCGGACAUCUCAGGCCACCAGCUGCAUCGUCAAUAGACACGGUCAUGGAUCGUUAUCCAAUCUUUCCCUCAAUGUUAUCCCAGUCUGACCCUCCAAGACCGGACCAUCUGUUCCUUCCGCGUUCCGAGAGCAUACCUCAGGGAAGAGGCAUUCUCACACCACCUGCGGAGCUCAGUACCACACGAAUGCCAUAUCCUCGAUCACGGUUCUCUUCGACGACGGCAUCUCAUACCUCGGUCCAAUCCCGAGCUUCGAGUAACAGCCUGUCAGCCACGAACACGGUUUUUGGCCUGGAUGAGGUCUCGAGAUAUGGCUCUUACAGUUCCGGAACUCGGGAUGAGCAACAGGCCCCUCAUAUGGGCAGUGUACGUUCUUCUCGUGUCGGAAGCUGGACUUCUCUGCUCCAAGGAAAUGAUGGGCAUCGAAGCAGUGGCCUUCCCCCAACGCAGUCGCCACUGGACCGUCUAACCCAGGAGUUGCAGCGUUUGUCCACAGGGUUGUCAACAAGAUCACAAUCUUCAUCUGAGUGUACCUCUCGUGUGACGUCUACAGAUGGACACUUGCUGAGCGGCGACGCUCUCUACUCCGACCCUGACGUUGAGGUUCAAGAGAGUGAGUUCGAAAAGUACGACCGUCCCAGACACCGCAAUUCGAGGCAGGUGGACGGGUAUAAUAGGGACAGGCCGUCGAGCCGUCAGCCUCAACUCGACCUCGGCAUGACAGCACGAAUUUUAGAUGUGGAGGUUGAUUGUGAGAGCGCAACAAUCAGACCACUCUCGGUGUCGCCCUCCUCUCAAUCUGUAAGCUCGACUCCUGGGAUUGACGCUUCUCUGGUGGGCAGCUCACCGCCUGGGGACUUGCCUGGUCUACCUCCAACCACACCGGGUCGACAACUGGUGCGGUCUGCGCGAACUCCCUACACACCUUGUGUCGGUCACAAACCACAGGCGACUCCAAGAGUCAGGGUCUAUGACGAUUGCCAGCCAGCCAGCAUGCAGCCGCAAACACCCGCAGACCUCAAUCAUCGUUUCAGAAAACGAGUGGCUAAUAGUCCUGACAUCUCUGCCACUGGUCAAACUCCGCUUCCCUCUACAACAGCUCCACCCGUGGAACAAUUACCUGUAAUUCCCGCUCGUAACACUCACCGCAAUACAUAUCCCUCCUUCCAGCAAGCAAAUGCACAGCCACAUUUGACCAACUCGCAACCAUCGAGUCCCUACUCUCCUAACUUCGAUCUGAGGACUGCUGCGGCUAUUACUGCGGUUGAAAGACGACGAACAGCUCGAGCAUUUUCCCAAGAAAAUGUGAUCGACCCGAGUACCAAUGGUAUGGAGACUGAGAGGGAGGCCAUGUGGAGACGCAGAGAUGAAGAUGGCACGAACAUCAUGGAUGACACACCCCCAAGACAGGGUAGGUACGAACGACUCAUCUCGCAGUGA